AUGAUAACCACCAUAUCUCAGUCUCUGAUUUCUAUCUCCAGGAGACAUAAGAACAACAUGAGGAGGGAGAACCAGAGCAGUGUGUCUGAGUUCCUCCUCCUGGGGCUCCCCAUCCCGCCAGAGCAGCAGGGCGUGUUCUUCACCCUGUUCCUGGGCAUGUACCUGACCACGGUGCUGGGGAACCUGCUCAUCAUCCUGCUCAUCAGGCUGGACUCUCGCCUCCACACCCCCAUGUACUUCUUCCUCAGCCACCUGGCCUUCUCUGAUAUCUCUUUCUCGUCUGUCUCUGUCCCAAAGAUGCUGAUGAACAUGCAGACUCAGCACUUAUCCAUCCCCUAUGUGGCAUGCAUUUCCCAGAUGUAUUUUUUCAUACUUUUCGUCUGUCUGGACAAUUUCCUUCUUGCAGUGAUGGCAUAUGACAGGUAUGUGGCCAUCUGUCAGCCGCUCCACUACACCACUGUCAUGAAGGAGGAGCUGUGUGUCUUACUGGUGGCUGGAUCCUGGUUCUUCUCGUGUGCCCAUGCCUUAUUGCAUACUCUCCUUCUAUCCCGCCUGUCCUUCUGUGCUGACAAUACCAUCCCUCAUUUCUUUUGUGAUCUCACCGCCCUUUUGAAGUUGACCUGCUCAGACAUCUCCCUCAAUGAGCUAGUUAUCUUCACUGAGGGGGGAGUGUUUGCUUUCCUGCCAUUGUGUGCUAUUUUGGGCUCUUAUAUUCGCAUUGGGGCCACCAUCCUAAUGGUUCCAUCCAUCAAGAGGAUCUGUAAAGCCUUGUCCACCUGUGGCUCCCACCUCCUUGUGGUGUUUUUGUACUAUGGGACUCUUGCAAUGAUUUACUUCAUUCCUUCAUCAAACAAUUCCAAAGUCAAAGACAUAAUUGCUUCAGUUAUAUAUACAGUGGUGACACCCAUGUUAAACCCCUUUAUCUAUAGCCUGAGGAACAGGGACAUUAAAUUGGCUCUGGGAACACUUUAUAGGAGGAAAAUUAUUUUUUUCUAA